ACUACUUUCUCAUAUGAAAGUAAUGGGCGGUCCAAUGGUGAUGGUAAUUGAAUACUUAGAGUCGUCAUUGUCCAGAGAUCUUCUCUGCAAAUUCCCCGACAACUCCGCUUACGAUUUCGACUAUUCUCAGAGCUCCAUUUGGUCCCCUUUGGUCCCUCCUCCUCUGUCAUCUUCCAACGACCGUAGUCUCAGUUUGGGUCUUUCCAGAAAGUUGUCGUACGAGGAAGAAGCAGCCGCCAGCGGCGGAGUCAUCGGCUGUAUCAAGAGGAAGUUCUCUAAUGUUUUGUUUGAUAAUCUGAAAAUACACCACAAGUUGAAGAAGAGAAAGAGGAAGGGCUUUGAUUUUUCUCCUGUCCCAUCUUCUUCUAAGCUUACCACCACUACUACAACGCCAAGAAAGGGAUGGGCUAAGGUGCUGAAAGCAGCUUCUAAACAUUUCAAGAAGAAAAGCGAAAAGAAAGACUCCAUAGGUCGUCUUAAUCUUUCCAACUGUUUAACUGAAAAUAGUCUUUCGCGGAGUUCUACGUAUCCAUAGUGUGUGUAAGUUUGUUUUACCCUUUGAUGUCCUCUGUAGGUCGACUCCAUAGGUCGUCUUAAUCUUUCCAACUGUUUAACUGAAAAUAGUCUUUCGCGGAGUUCUACGUAUCCAUAGUGUGUGUAAGUUUGUUUUACCCUUUGAUGUCCUCUGUAGGUCGACUCCAUAGGUCGUCUUAAUCUUUCCAACUGUUUAACUGAGAAUAGUCUUUCGCGGAGUUCUACGUAUCCAUAGUGUGUGUAAGUUUGUUUUACCCUUUGAUGUCCUCUGUAAUCGGGCAUCUUUUGAGGUGCUUCACGAGUUUUUCUGCAGUCUAAGGUGUACUUUUAUUAAUCCAUGUGAUGU